UUAUAUUAAGGACCAGAGAGAGUACAAUUUAAUUUAAUACAACAAACAAGACUUUUCUCAUUUUUUUUUGUUGGUACUGAGGAAAAUAUAAAAGUUUAAAAAGAUUAAAAAUUAUUAAAAGGAAAUCUUUAUUUUUUAUAUUUUUAAAGUAAAAAAAUAAUCCAUUCUCAUUUUGGUACCUGCUAAAAUAAAAGAAGCUUUACCAUUUUACCACCGUACUAACUUAACCUUCGUUUUCUGGCAAAUUACAAAAGAUGAUAUAAUCCCAGAAAAAAAGAAACGAAAAUCGACUUCCCCCUCGCAAAAUUUAACGACGAUGGGGAGCAGGGCCAAGUGCAAUGGUGGCGGUGGCGGUGGUGGCGGUAGUGGCGGAGGAGAAGAUGAAGUGAAACAAUUAGAAGCUGAGCUGGGCAAAACCCUAAAAGAAGGGGAGAGAAUCCUCGCCCCAACUCGCCGCCCUGACGGCACACUCCGCAAGCCCAUUCGUAUUCGCGCCGGAUAUGUUCCCCAAGAUGAAGUCGCCAUUUACCAAUCCAAAGGCUCCCUUUGGAGAAAGGAGAUGGAGUCACUGCAGGAUGUGCCGCCGGGGUACGAUCCGGUGACGGAGGCUAAACCUAAGACAAAAGCGGCUAAGAGAAACGAGAGGAAAAAGGAAAAACGCCAGCAGGCUGCUCUUGAAAAAGGUAAAGAUUCGGAAGGGAAUGAUGUAUCCCCCACUGAUGAUUCAUAUUUGAAGGAGCAUGAAGAGCCAAUUGCAUCCCAGUUGAAUGGGCUCAGUAUAUCAUCUAGUUCCACAAACAGUAAUCCCCCCAAUUCAUUGGAGGAUUCAGCCCCUGCAGAUCAUGCCCAGGAUAUUGAUAAGAAAAUACGUGCCUUGAAAAAGAAGAUAAGGCUGGCAGAAGCUCAGCUUCAGAAAACUGGAGAGCAAGGCAUGAAGCCUGAGCUACAAGAGAAGAUGGCUAAAUUGGAAGGUUGGCGCGAAGAGUUGAAAAUUCUGGAGGAUAAGAAGGCUGAAUCAGUAUCGUGAUAUCCUCAGCAUCCUGAAUUUAGCAUGUCAGAUAGGCUUGAAAGACUAGAUUUUAUUUCAAUUGUUGAUCGAAUGUAAUGACUUCCUGAUAGAUACUUAAAUUUAUCAAGAUUUUGUUCUCAGGUAUCCAGUCAAGUCUUUCAUCAAACCUACCCACAAAGGUUUGUUUUUCAAAGGGGUUAAUUAAUUGUACAGGGCUUUCUGUUCUCUUUCCAUUUUUGUGUACUCGUGUUUCUGAGGUUCUUCCUUUUACUGAACCACUUUUUCUGAACUUGAUUCUGGAGUUGGACUUUUAACAAUAAUAUUGCCUAUAGUUGUACUCUGAUUUUUGGUUGAGAAGUUUGACCGGCGAAGUGUUUAGGUAUUUUUGUAAUUUAAAAUUGUGAAUCUCAUGAUUAGUCCAUUUCUGAU